AUGGCGAACAGCUUCAGCUUCGAUAUGGAAAUCCCUGUUGGAUGGUUUUUUCGACCCACUGAUGAAGAAUUAAUUCUGGAGUAUUUGAAGAGGAAGAUUGCAACACCGGAUUUAUUCACAGUUCCUUAUAUAAAAGAUGUUGAUCUCUAUAACUUCCACCCAAGAGAACUUACUGCAGAUCAUGGCGGAUAUGAUGAUGAUGAUGAAAAGAAUGAAUAUUAUUUUUUCACGCAGAGGAAGAGAAAGAAUGAAGGAGGAAAUUCCGACAGGGCAAGUCGAAGUGUCAAAAAUGAAUCAAUGUGGAAGGCUACUAGUGGAGAACAGGAAGUGAUGGAUUACACAUCCAAUGAAAUUAUUGGUUAUAAGACGACUCUUGUCUAUUUUGAGAACAAAAAAAAGGAGUCUAAAACCAAUUGGAUAAUGCACGAGUAUCGUGCAACAACCCAAGAAACCAAGCAGCCGUAUGAGUGGGUGAUUUGUAGAAUAUUUGAGAGGGCUCAGUCUACGAAGAAGAAGAAUAAUAAAGUUGUUAAAAGUGAUCAAGUUCUUCAGUAUGGAAUACCCUUACAAGGACGACAAGAGAGCAACGAGCUGCAAGAAGAAGGUUAUCAGAGUGAAGAUUCAUCAUGGUCACACUAUGCGAACCUCUUGUCAUUGCAUGUUGAAGAAGAUUUUUCUGAAGUGGUUAACCAUCAUAAUUUCAGCAGUACUUCUAUGGAGGAAGAAGAUCAAAAUCAUGGGAAAGAGACCCAGCAGAUAAUACAAGACUUUAAUCGUGCCUUCAGUGUUUAUAUGGAUCGUGGUCUUGAUGGUUUCUUGGAACAUCAAUUUCUUUAG